CACGGUGAAGGGGCGGUGAGCGUCUCGCCUCCGUACACAAUCCGCGUCCCAUAUAGGUUUCGCCUGCAGUAACUUCCUGUUGGCGGGGGCACAGGCAAUUUGCGUCCGUUUUCACUUCUCCUGCUUCUUGUCUCCCAAAACUCGAGCUAAUAAGCUGAAAUCAAGAAAGAAAGAAAAAUAAAUCCAUUUUCUAAAAACCGAUUUUUUCAGAGUUCAAUGGAAGAAGAGAAACAGAGAUCGAUCCUCCUCGAAUCCGCUUCUCGUUUCCCGCCCCCUCAAGGGGUAAAGCUGUCGUAUGGAACGUCCGGGUUUAGGGCAGAUGCUUCGAUCCUAGCGUCGACGGUUUUCCGUGUCGGGAUUCUCGCCGCGCUGCGAUCGCUGAAGACCCGAUCGGUCAUCGGAUUGAUGAUCACGGCCUCUCACAAUAGGGUCUCUGAUAACGGUAUCAAAAUCGCGGAUCCGCACGGAGGCAUGAUGACGCAGGAAUGGGAGCCAUUUGCUGAUGCGAUCGCGAAUGCCAGCGAUGCCGAGGAUCUGGUUCAGUUGAUAUCUCAGUUUGUGAAGAAGGAGAAUAUACCAUUUGGAGGAGUCCAGUCUGCAGAAAUUUUGUUGGCUAGAGACACAAGGCCUAGCGGAGAAGCUCUCCUUGAAGCUGCAAAACAAGGAAUCAGUGCUAUAAUUGGCGCAAUUGCUGUCAACAUGGGGAUUUUAACAACCCCACAACUUCAUUGGAUGGUUCGUUGUAGAAAUAAGGGCAUGAAGGCAUCCGAAUGUGAUUACUACACACAACUCUCCAGCUCUUUCGGGUGCCUAAUGGAUUUAGUCCCCACAGAAAUGAUGAGUGAUGCUGUGGAUGUAAAAUUAACGGUAGAUGGAGCAAAUGGUGUAGGAGGAGAAAAGCUUGAAGAGUUGAAGAAACAGUUGAAGGGUUUGGUAAUCGAGGUCAAGAAUUCAGGUAAAGAAGGAGAAGGAAUUCUUAACGAAGGAGUUGGCGCUGAUUUUGUGCAGAAGGAGAAGGUUGUUCCAUGUGGGUUUGGCUCAAAUGAUGACGGGAUAAGGUGUGCUAGUUUGGAUGGAGAUGCUGAUAGACUCGUAUAUUUUCGGGUUUUAUCCAGAAAUAGCAGUAGCAUUGAUCUUGUUGAUGGAGACAAGAUAUUAUCUCUUUUUGCAUUAUUUAUCAAGGAGCAGUUGUUUAUUCUGUGCAAAGAGGAAAAAGAAGAGAAUGCUUAUCUGGUCAAGCUUGGCGUCGUGCAGACUGCAUAUGCAAAUGGAGCAUCAACGGACUACCUCAAACAGCUGGGUCUAGAAGUUGUAUUGACACCCACCGGAGUGAAAUACUUGCAUGAGAAAGCUGCCGAGUAUGAUAUUGGGAUAUACUUCGAGGCAAAUGGGCAUGGAACUAUUCUGUUUUCGGAACACUUCUGCUGCUGGUUGGAGGGUAGAAAUAAUGAUCUUGCUUCUACAGAUGAAGGUUCUGAGUGUCAAAAGGCUGCUUUGAGACUGUUGGCAGUCAGUAAGCUAAUCAAUCAGGCUGUGGGAGAUGCUCUAAGUGGACUGCUUUUGGUGGAGGCCAUUUUGCAAUAUAUGGGGUGGUCAAUCCAAAGAUGGAGUGAGCUUUAUAAGGAUCUUCCCAGCAGGCAGUUGAAGGUAAAAGUUGCAGAUAGAACUGCUGUUAUUACAGCAAAUGAAGAAACAGUGGUUGUAAAGCCAUUGGGUCUUCAGGAGGCAAUCAACACUGAAAUAGCCAAGUAUCCCCAAGCUCGUUCUUUCAUACGGCCCUCCGGCACAGAGGAUGUCAUACGCGUAUAUGCAGAGGCAUCCACACAGGAAGCAGCUGACAGCUUGGCUCAAUCUGUGGCAAGACAUGUUGAUCACUUUCUGGGGUUUGGCAGCUCCCACAAAUAAUCUUAGUAAAAAAAAUGAGAUGACGACCAUUAUUUCCUAGAGUAUCAUCUGCCAGAAGAGUUACAGGCUAACUGAUGCACUUAAAUUAUUUCUCUUUGGUCCUGUUUCAAUAGUUACUCCACACAUGUAUUGUCCUCUGUUGAAUUCAACUGUUUCGGCUAACCAUAUCAUUUGCACCUCAUUUUUAUCAA